GGGGUACGCUCUUAAUAUUGGAAUUUUACACUUCAUUUGCAAGAUAUUCACGCACCUCGAUUGUUAUUUUUUCUAGAAAGUACGUUCAAUGUAGUCAAUUAUUGGAGUUAGUGUCGUUAUUGUAAUGCGAUGAAGUAUUUAAAAACAAGUAUUGCUCCUUGAACUGUGUAGAUAUACAACGUUUUUCUGUUAUUAAUUAUGAAAACAAGCGUGUCGAUACAAGUUGGAUGGUAGUUCGAUAAAGACCUGAAGGGAGUAUGUGAUCAACACAAACACACGUAAGUAUGUGCUCUAUUCUGGCAACAGUGAACCAUUUUCAGGUCUGAUAUACAAAAGACGUAUUUUGAUUAUCAAAGUUGGUUGUAUACGUUUUCUGCAUGCAAAACGGCCAUACGAUUGAAAACCAGAACACUUACAGACUAGCUCCGCGUGCGGAUGUUCAUCAUUGUGGGUGAUGAAUUACAUUUCUCGAGAGAAAAUUUCAUGUUAAGUGCUUCUAGUUAGCACGUAUGGUGAGCAAAAUUGACUACAUGUGUUUAAGCUAAGUGCUUCGAAGCAACGACAUAUUUUCAACGCACGGUACGCGAACUGCGACGCCAUGAGUCCGUUAUGAGGUAGUUUAUUUACGUAGGUGAUUUAGUAGAUAGAUGAGCGGCAAAAAUAUUAGCGAUCGAUAACCAGUAUUGGUCUCACAGCGCUUACCGAGACAUUUCAGAAAAACAUUCGAGAAUCUUGAUUUGAACACGUGUUCGCUAACGAUGACGGUCAUCAACUCUUUCAGAAGGGAAAGAAGAGAAUACAUUAGGGUUGCCUAAAACUUGCGCAGAACAAAUUGGAUAUUAAUGAAAGCUUUCGCCCUGUGAUGAUGCGAGUCUGGGCGUCCAUAAGCUGAUUGAAAUAACAGUCACAGUCAAUACACGACUCAACAAAAGUGAUAUCUUCAUCUGAGCAAGAGACAUAAACUCCAUUUUACGAUGGAGGAACGGUGGAUAUACAUACUCGUAUUCUUUAACUUAUGUGGAGCUGUUGUAGGUAACCCGUAUGCACUUGUUCACGAAUUGUUUGAAACCAGAACACCAAAAUACAACCCAAUAGUUCGUCCUGUAUUACUCGACAACACUACGGUCACAAUUAAACACGAAAUCGUCCCACGUCACAUGGCAAACUUUGAUGAAGUAAAACAGCAGGUAACAAUCGUUGCUUGGUUACGCCAGACAUGGACUGAUGAAUUUUUGAUGUGGAAUCCAAAGAGAUUCAAUGGUACUAGUAUCUUAAGGGUACCAUCAGACAGAGUAUGGCGACCGGACAUAGUGUUAUACAACAGUGUAAAUGAAGAGGACUACCGAAGCCCACUUCCAAUUACUAUUCAAUAUGACGGGACAGUAUCAUAUUUGACACCAUACAUCUACAUUUGUUAUUGCAAAGUAGACCUAACAUUUUAUCCAUUUGAUACUCAAAUUUGUCGAAUGAAAUUUGGUUCGUGGGCACACGACAAACUACAGGUCGACAUUAUUAGUGCUGUAACGAAAGGGGAAAUCGACAGUUACCAGCCUAACGGUGAAUGGGACCUUAUUGACAUCGAUAUCAACCGCGAAGAAGACAAAUUUUCUUGCUGCCCGAAUGCAUACUCGACCCUCACUUUCAGUCUAAAAGUGAAAAGGAACUCUGAUUUCUACAUUUAUAAUUUGAUAUUACCGUACCUCAUGAUAUCACUGCUUUCAAUAUUUGUGUUUUACCUUCCACCUGACUCGGGUGAGAAGAUGACUCUCUCCAUUACGGUUAUGCUCUCUCUUGUCGUAUUUAAUCAGCUGGUAUUUGCGAGUAUUCCCCCUGCCUCCGACGGCACUUUCCCAAUUAUAGGGAAAUACUUCAUCGUUAUGAUUGCAAUGGUUGCGUUGUCAGUGAUCAUGUCUGUCAUUAGCCUACAUAUAUUUCACCAGCAGUCAUCCCUCCAGAAAAUGCCAAAAUGGCUACAUACAUUUCUCUUUUCGUUUUUGGCGCGCAUUAUCUGCAACUGUACAGCACCGGUGCAGGCUACUAUUCGUCGUACAGAUUUCCAAUCAUUGAUACGGAAAGAAACGCUGGAGUUGGAAGAGAGGGCAAAUGGAUAUCAUGGCGAAACUGAAGGAUUAAUAGAUGGUACUUACGUAUCCAAUAAUAUCGAUAAUUCGUACAAAUCACCAAAUUUUUCUACACAAUUUAGGAAAGUUGAAAAGGAAAUUAAAGGAAUUGUCAAAAGUCUUGAGUACUUAACUUUACGAAAACGACAAAAAGAGAAAGAUUUUUCUGUAGCUAAAGAGUGGAAAGAUGGUGCAGCGAUCUUUGAUAGAACACUACUUCUAAUAUUUGUCACAGUUAAUACAAUUUUCCCUCUUUUCUUUAUAUUGGCUGCAACCGGAUGUUUUUUUUAAUGAAAACAAAGGAGCUUAGAGUACUGACAUUACGUCGUUAGAUAGUUUCAUUUAUCAAUAACGUGACAAUAGUGAUUUUGUAAUUUGAACAGAGUAUAUAAUAAAAUAAUUAUAGUAAUAGAAGACGCGCGGAAUCAAAUCUAUUUCAGUAAAUUUCUUUUGUGUCAUUAUUUAAAACCAUAACCAAGCAGUUCUAUUAAUAUAAUUCUAUUUGACAUAGAACAUUGCGUACCGUGCAGAUAUGCGUUUACAGUACAAGUGGUAUUUGUACUGUACAUAUUAUGGACAGAAGUAUCGUAAUAAGGUGGAAUGCCUACAGGCCUACAAAGACACAGGUGUACAUGUUUUUAAAUACUUUUCAAGGAAGAAAACCUUUAUUAUCCACAGACCUACAGUACAGAUUGU